AACAUGUUGGAAGAAGAUAGUGAUGAGACAUGUUGGAAUAACCUGGAAGACUUCCGGGUGAAGCUGAUCUCUGUGAUAGAUCCUUCCCAUCUAACACCCUAUCUCCGCCAGUGCAAAGUGAUCAGCCAUGAUGAUGAGGAACAAGUUCUAAAUGACCCCAGCCUGGUCAUGCGCAAACGGAAGGCAGGUGUUCUUCUGGACAUUCUUCAGCGAACGGGUCGCAAGGGCUUUGAGGCAUUUCUGGAGAGCCUUGAGCUUUAUUAUCCACAACUGUAUAAGAAAAUAACUGGCAAGGAGCCCAGCAGGGUUUUCUCUAUGAUUAUAGACACUGCUGGGGAAUCUGGCCUGAGCCAGCUCCUGAUGAACGAGAUCAUGAAGCUGCAGAGCACCGUGCAGGAGGAACGGAGGAAGGCCCAGGAGCUCACCGUGUGGCUGCACACCAAAGAGGACACCAUCAGAGAGAUGUGGGUGAGGGACAGCCUGCUCCGCAAGCACCAAGAGCGGGCACAGAAGAUGAAGGAGGAGAGGGACAGCCUGAGCAAGGAGCUGCGGAAGUGCAAGGACGAGAACUACAACCUGGCAAUGAGCUAUGCCAAACAGAGUGAGGAGAAGAGCGCUGCCCUCAUGAAGAACCGAGACCUGAUCCUACAGAUCGAUCACUUGAAGCACAGCCUCAUGAAGGCUGAAGAUGACUGCAAACUGGAGCGUAAGCACACAAUGAAACUGAAGCAUGCCAUAGAGCAGCGUCCAAGCCAUGAGGUGAUGUGGGAGAUCCAGCAGGAGAAGGAGCUGCUCUUGGCCAAGAAUCAGGAGCUGGAGAACACUCUCCAGGUUGGUGGGGGUGAGAGAAAGAGCCCCUCCAGUGAGACUGUGGAGAAUGACUGUAGCCAAAUACUAGAAGAACGCCGGGAGCUGAUGAACACCAUUUACAGCCUUCGCAAGGAGCUGCGGCAAGCUGAGGUGCUCCAAGACAAAUACUCAGCAGAAAAAGAGAUGCUUGAACUACAGUGCAUGUCUCUGAGAAAGGACUCCCAGAUGUAUAAAAAACGGAUUGAAGCUGUCUUGCAGCAGAUGGAAGAAGUGGCUUCAGAAAGAGACCAGGCACUCCUGACCCGAGAGCAGUUCUAUAUGCAGUACUCCAAGAACCUGGUUGAGAGGGACACUUACCGCAAGCAGAUUCGGGAGCUGGGGGAGCGAUGUGACGAAAUGCAACUGCAGCUCUUCCAAAAGGAGAGUCAGUUACUGGCUACUGAAGCCAAACUGAAGAGGUUGCAACUGGAGCUACCCAUACCGACUUCUGACCUGGAUGAUACCUCCUCCAGAGAUUCUCAGGAAUUCAAGGAGUGUGGCUUAGCCAGUGAGGAACUGGCAGAAAAGGAGCAGAGGAGGAUGAAGGACUGCUUUGAGCGUUACCGAAGAAAAAGAGCGGUGCGAAGGGUGCCCAAGGCCCGACACCACGAGGCGGACUGGGAGAACACCACGGGCAGCGACAACACUGACACCGAAGGCUCCUGA